AUGCUGGUAGAGAACCCUCGACAAUGGCACGAUACUUUGUAUGAGACACUCUGGGCUUAUCGCACAUCCAAGCGGAAUCCCACGGCUACGACACCGUAUGCGCUCAUGUUUGGUCACGACGCUGUAUUACCCUUGGAGAUCAACGUUCAUUCCUUACGUGUGCAAGAGCAGCAUCAUUUGAUCGGUGAGGAUUACGUCCAGGCGAUGUGGCAAGAACACGAAGAUUUAAGCGAGCAACGCUUGGCUGCUUUGGACAAUUUGGUAAUGGAGAAACAGCGUAUCGCCCACGCCUAUGAUAAGAGGACACGUGGUCAUAGUUACAAGGAAGGAGAACUUGUUUGGAAAGCCGUUUUACCCCUAGGCGAGAAGUUGACCGGCCACGAUAAAUGGACUCCGCGAUGGGAGGGACCCUUUGUCGUUCACCGUAUCUUGGAGCGUGGAGCUUUUCACCUCAGAGACGUCGAUGGCGACAUCCAUCGCAACCCCAUCAACGGGCAUUUCUUGAAGAAAUACUACCCUAGUGUUUGGGAGUUCGACGACCCCCUUGAUCAGCUUCCUGCCCAGACUGGGGGGCAACCAUAA